CUUCGACGGCGACAAGGACUUUCGGUACCUGCAAGAGCACAAGUCCGAUUUUUCAUUCUUCUAGAGAGUCCGCAACAGUCCCUAGUUACACUUUAGUUGUCUUUUGUUGCCUAUCACCCGGUACUAUUGCCCGCGCAUCAAUCGCCAUGACGUCUGCCCCGCCUCCCACUUCUUCCGAUGCCUCCGCAACGAAGAGGACGUUUAUCAUCGGAACGCGCCAAUCGAAGCUGGCCCUCCUCCAGACCAACCUGGUGCUUGCGGCGCUGAAAGAAGCAAACCCCGAUUGCUCGUUCGAUAUCCAUUCGCGCGAAACAGCGGGCGACAAGAAUACCAACAUUGCCUUCCGAGAGUUCACGACCAAGAACCUUUGGACUGAGGAGCUGGAGGAGCUUUUGAUUGCGGGACAUGUGGAUUUCAUUGUGCAUUCUUUGAAGGAUGUCCCAACCCUCAUUCCGUCGUCAUGUACCCUGGGCCCUAUGAUGAAGCGUGAGGACAGCAGAGAUGUCUUGGUGGUAAAGCAAGGAUUGCCCCAAAUGGGUCUCGCCGAUUUGCCCGCCGGAGCCGUCGUGGGAACUUCGUCCGUCCGCCGGAGUGCACAACUAGCACGGAAAUACCCUCACCUGAAGGUCAUGGAUGUGCGAGGAAACAUCGGUACUCGACUAGCCAAGCUGGAUGCGGAGGAUGGUCCGUUCAGUUGCAUAAUCUUGGCUGCGGCCGGUCUGCACCGGUUGGGUCUGGAGGGCCGUAUCUCUCAGUAUCUGGACUCGAAGAAUGGAUCUAUGCUACACGCGGUUGGGCAGGGUGCUCUUGGGAUUGAGAUUCGCAAGGAUGAUAAACAGAUCCAUGAUAUGCUGAGCAAUGUCGGUGAUAAGGAGACUACGCUGGCAGCAUUGGCGGAGCGAAGUCUGCUCAGGACUCUGGAGGGAGGCUGCAGCGCCCCGCUGGGAGCUGAGACAGAAUGGGUUCAAGCCGCUGAUGGAUCUUCUAAGUUAAAGAUGCGAUCCAUUGUUGUCAGUGUAGACGGUAGCCGGAGCGCUGAAGUCGAGGUUGACGGGGCCGUUGACUCUGCCGAAUCUGCUGAAGAGUUUGGCGUUACUGUCGCCAAGGCACUUGUUGAGAAAGGUGCAGGCGCCAUACUGGAGGAAAUCCAGCAGAACAAGGUGACGACGUAAGGAAUGAUGGAUGGCUCUCAUGAUAAAAGUGAACUGAUACCAUGGAGAUGCUGGUCUUCUCCUUUGUAAAUGAACAUAAGAGUCAUUUGAAAAUACAUAGAAUGAUUGAUGUGCAAGAAAUUUGCAUUGUUUGCCUUGGAAUAUGGUAUCAUUAGUCGUGAUAACAAUCCGACACGGUUCUCAGUCCCUUCCAUCUCAGUUCCUUCCAAUAUAUAUCGAGAAAAUCAAAAUAUGUAGCGGAAUCAACCCCGGUUGAGGGUGUUCCCAGAGCCUCUUGGGUUCGCUUCCUUGUAUUCAUCCCAAGCGCGUGCUUUCAUCGUCUCUUCGUCAGCUAUGUCCAGAUCGUCCUCGUCGAUCUCUGGUUGGAU